UUCACCUCGCAGGCGCCCGGCUACCCCGCCGCCGCCCUGGGGCCCCACGCCGCCCACGUCGGCUCCUACUCCGGGGCGCCCUUCAACUCCACCCGGGACUUCUUGUUUCGCAGCCGCGGCUUCGGGGACUCGUCGCCGGCCGGCGGGCAGCACGGCAUCUUCGGCCCUGCGGCCGGCAGCCUGCACCACCCGCACACGGACGCUCAGAGCCACCUCCUCUUCCCGGGCAUCCACGACCAGCACGGCCCCCACGCCUCCCAAAACGUCCUCAACGGGCAGAUGCGCCUGGGCUUGCCGGGGGAGGUGUUCGCCCGGUCGGAUCAGUACCGCCAGGUCUCCAGCCCCAGGACUGACCCUUACUCGGCGGCUCAGCUGCACAACCAGUACGGCCCCAUGAAUAUGAAUAUGGGCAUGAACAUGGCAGCCCACCACCACCACCACCACCCAGGUGCCUUUUUCCGCUACAUGCGGCAGCAGUGCAUCAAGCAAGAGCUCAUCUGCAAGUGGAUCGACCCCGAGCAGCUGAACAACCCCAAAAAAAGUUGCAAUAAAACUUUCAGCACCAUGCACGAGUUGGUCACCCACGUCUCGGUGGAGCACGUUGGGGGACCCGAGCAGAGCAACCACGUCUGCUACUGGGAGGAGUGUCCCCGGGAAGGCAAGCCCUUCAAAGCGAAAUACAAACUGGUCAAUCAUAUCCGAGUGCACACGGGAGAGAAGCCCUUCCCCUGCCCCUUCCCCGGCUGCGGAAAAGUUUUCGCCAGAUCAGAAAACCUCAAAAUUCACAAAAGGACGCACACAGGGAACAGAGGAUUUGAGGCUCGGAAACUUCCACCCAAAUCAGGUGGAAGAGGGGUGGAGGAGCCCAGGCUUAUCCCGACGGAAAAUCGCCUGAGCCGAAGGGUAACAAAAAUAAACGCAUCCUCCCGCCUCAUCUAUUAUUCAUUUACUACUCCUGCCGGCUCGAACCGUGCCAGACUAUUUCAUAAAAGACGGCCAAAUAUUUUAGCGACUUCCACUCUAAAUAUUUACCCGGAGAAAGGCUAA